GGGGCCAGGAGUAAACUGAGGAUAAUGGUUCGACGUGGCAGUGCCAAAGUCUGUUUAUUCGCUGCAUCAGGCAAGGAGGCUGCGUCUGCGAUGAAAGCGGCUCUAAAAGGGAUGAACGGCAUAAGCUACCUCUACGGAGACAGCAAUCUUCAGAACCGUCCUCGCAUCUUGCAAGAGGAAGAUAAAGUAGCAGACUGGAGAAGUGGUUCCACAACAAGAAGUACCUCGAAGAUCGUAGUUGGAGAGCGAGACGACGAGAGCAGUACUCUAGGUACAACAACAACAGUAGUUGCCGAAGAUGCAGGAGCAUCUUCUUCUUCUUCAUCUACCUCUGCUGACGUUGAAAGGAAGACUAAGGUUCCAUACCUGUGCACUCCGGAGCCUGUGCGGGAAUUUCAGCCUUACGAAUUCUUUGGCCCCGCACAAAACCCGCACAGAGAAGCAGCAAUCUUUCCUCUUUUAUGAUCAAGACAAGCUCCUAAUCCUAUAAUUCAACAUCAUGAUGAUCAUCACAUAUCACUUUGUUUGUGCGUCCUCGUGGUGUUGACGUUCUUGUAAAAGAUCAUACAAACAAGGGGAAGGGACAAGCAAAAUGUUGUUGUUCUACCUAUGUAAAUGUUGAAGAAGUGCAAGGUCCUCACUGGACGUCCGUGAUGAUGAUGAAUCAGAAUCAAUGCACCACGCUCUAACUCUCGAAGUACAGGUGACAGCUGCAGAAGCGGAUACUCAUGUCUCCUUAUUCUUUCAGACCGCAAAUGAUGUGACGUUGAGAGAUGGCGAACUUAUCCGUGAUCGCAUCACCAUCCUUCCUGAGCCUAUGGACGAUAAAGCUGCGUCUGCGAAAGAUGUUGACAACGAACUUCAGCUACAACAAGCAACAGCUUACUACAAGUUCUAUCUUGCUAAGUCACCACUUCUUUUGGACAAGCUGAGUCUGGAAUUAGCGACACCAGAUUUAGAUGAGGGAGAUGAAGGAAAGUCACAGUUAAAAGUAGAGGAGAAGAAAACGCC